UCUCGACCCUUUUACGCACCCAUUAGGCCAAACCCCUUCAGCCGCCAUUGCCAGUCCCCUUCACCGGCCUCCUCCUCUUCCUCCCAAAGAGCUACCCAUUUGAUCAUCGUCAAUAAAUCCAACACUCUCACCCUUGCUAUUACACGUGUGAUUUCAUCCCCCUGAUCAUCAAUAUUCUUCUUGCUUGAAUCUACAAAGCCCAUCCAUGGCCUCAAGUUCCACCGGGAAACACCCAAUGUAUCGCGGAAUCCGGUGCCGGAGCAGCAAGUGGGUCUCAGAAAUCCGGGAGCCACGUAAGACCACACGCAUAUGGCUCGGCACAUUCCCGACCCCGGAGAUGGCUGCUGCCGCCUAUGACGUGGCCGCGCUAGCACUAAGAGGCGGCGAUGCGGUUCUCAACUUCCCAGGUUUAGUUGGUUUAUACCCAGUUCCAGCCUCUACAUCGCCCCUUGACAUACGUAGCGCCGCCGCAGCAGCUGCCGCAUUGAAGAAGCCGGAAUCAAAUGGCAACUCGGGACCCAGGCUGCAGUCACGCUGCAACAAUCAUGAUAAUACCGCGCAUGAAGCUAGUAUAAGAUCCGGGGAAGAAUUUGUGGAUGAGGAAGCCAUAUUUGGAAUGCCAAAUUUGCUAGUGGACAUGGCGGAGGGAAUGCUGGUGUCUCCUCCGAGAAUAAACUCAUCGGAUGACUCGCCGGGAGAUCAUAAUUCAGAUAGUGGGGAAAACUUAUGGAGCUAUUUUUGAAAAUGCUCCGCCGUCAUACAUCCAAGUAAAAUAUUCAUGGGAAAGUUCGAAAGUAAAAGAAGAAGAAACAGAAAUAUUUGAAGAAAGAUAACAACUAGGACACGGCGGUUUAGCAUGUUACAUGUAUGCCUUUGUACUAUGCAUUACGUGCCAGUCAUCAACUACA